UGCGCCCCCCCACAAUGGACGACUUUUGGCGAUUAUUUGCUCUCUCUCUGUCGAUGUUCUUCGGAUGCUAUCUAGCUGGGUCCAUCCCUCUGGUUCUCAGCCUCUCAGAGAGUCUGCUGCGGCGAGUGACGACGUUCGGAGCAGGUCUGCUGAUAGGGACAGCUCUCAUAGUCAUCAUUCCCGAGGGAGUGGAGGCUCUCUACAGUGAAGGUCUGGAGCACCAGCACACUCACAGAGCACCCCAUGCCCAGCCAACUGCCCACACAGUGGAGGUACUGGCAGCCAUCAACGCCCCAGACUUCCAGGCACUGAAUGAGAAUGGCGCUCAGCACCUGGUGGUCAAGACUGUGGCUCCUGACGCAGUGAGUCACGAAGAGGAGGAGGAGGAGGAGGAGGAUGAGGGAGGGGAGGAGGGUUUGCAGACACUGAUGGGGCUGUCCCUGUUGUUGGGGUUCAUUUUUAUGCUGUUUGUGGAUCAAGUUGGCGGUGGUCACUCACAUGCACCUCCUCCAGGAGUUGAUGUUGAGGUUGCUAGUGGGACAAGGCAUCGGAGACACAAUCUGACAGCUACCAUUGGACUAGUUGUACAUGCUGCAGCUGAUGGACUGGCUCUGGGUGCUGCUGCCGGUCUGUCUAAAGUAGAGGUCCAACUCAUCAUCUUCCUGGCAAUCAUGCUUCACAAGGUUCAGGCAUUAAUAUCGUAGCUACAAUGUGCAUGAUUUGUGUUUAUAUACUUGGGAAGGUAACUACAUCCCAGUAUACACAAUGAAAAUUUUUUGUGGAGUGUUGAAAUCGUAGUUCUUUACUUAGGCGCCAGCAGCAUUUGGAUUCACAUCUUUUUUGAUCCAUGAAGUAAGUUAAUCCUUUUGUAGCUGAUCUUCAGUCAGUUCUUUCUGAUGAUGAUAUUAAUAUUUCUCACACUGGAUAGGGGUAUGACAAGGCCACAGCCAAGAAGCACCUUCUUGUGUUUGCACUGGCUGCUCCACUAGCUGCCUUUCUCUCGUACUUUGGACUAGUCAGAAUAAUGUACGUGGUUCAACUCCCUAUUACCGGAGUGGCCAUGCUGUUCUCGGCCGGGACGUUCCUCUACGUGGCGACAGUGCAUGUCCUCAAUGAGCUGGUGCAGGGCCACACCCACUCACCAGCCGAUGCCAGUGCUAGAACAACCGCUGCCGGCUCUAACAAACUCAGUCAUUUGGAACUGCUCCUCCUCACAACUGGCGCACUGUUGCCUCUCACUUUCAGCAUCCUGCAUUCUCAUUGAUUCUUUUGCCAAAGUCAUUUAAGAUGUUCUCCGUUUCUUUCCCUCAAUACACUGUAUUUACACAGCCA